AUGUCCGUCCAUCUUGGUCAGCUCACAAGACAGAAGGCAGGCAGGUCAUGAUAACUUGACCAUUUACCACGUUUGCUGGCAAUGUUAUUUUAAUGGCUAUUUUAAUUUGCAAGGGAAAUUUUUGGUAUUAUUCGAAAACUCUUUGUCAUUCCAGGAAUGAAAGUGUCUCAAACGCAACAACAAUAUUUGAUAAGAUGAGGAAAAAAAGGUUCAUUCCAUCAUUUUUUUUUCUACUGUUACUUUCAGAGCUAUCCAUAAUAAUACCUCUCAGAUCUGAUAACCUUCAAGACGAGAUCUUUGUACCACCUGAGAUCUUGAUCUUGUCACCAUUAAGUGUCAAAACAGGACUUGGCGGCAAAGCCUCAUUUGUGGCAGCUGCUCCAAGCCAUGGAAUGAUUUACCCUAUGACAUAAGAAUUACCAGCGAUUUUACCUCAUUUAAGCAAAAACUGAAAACAGUACUUUUUAACCAAGCUUAUGAAUAGGAAGUUGUUAUUUUUAUAUUUUAUUAGCAUUACUUGGUUAGUUUAAAUACUGGUUUUUAUUCUAUUACCUAGUUAAUUGUAUUUCAACUUUGAUUUACUAGUAUUACUUUUCUUUCUAUAUAUAUAUCAGUAAUUUUAAUAUUUCUUUUCGGAAGCUCUGUUUUCCGGCAGGUCAUUGGUACCAAUGGGCACCAACAGUGCACCUUUGUUGGGUGAUCUCUUCCUUCGCACAUUGGAGUACGAUUUCAUGGUCAAAACAAUGAAACAGGACAUUACAGAAGCCAUCCAGUUCAGCAACACCUUUCGGUACAUCGAGGAUUUAUUCAGUGUUAACAAUGUGGACUUUGGAAAUUAUAUCAGCGCUAUUUACCCGUCGGAAUUGGAACUUAAGGACACUUCCACAUCAUCUACUGAAGUGUGUUACCUCGACACGAAUAUCAAGACUGGCGACAUAAACACACCUUUCCGUAUCAGCAUCUGCGAUAUAAGAGAGAUGACUUUGCAUUUCGGAUUGUCAACUUUCCUCAUAUGGAAAGCGGCAACAUUCCCGCCAAUCCAGGUUACAGUGUUUAUAUAUCUCAGCUGGUGA